AUGGACGUUUACAAUACCGAUAUUGUGAAGAAAUGGGUGCUCGUCGGGCACACAUUCGUGCUCCUUGCCGCAUUUUCCUCAAUUUUCUGGCAAAUUCCCGGAUUAUAUGGUGAUCACGGUCUCGUUCCCAUUGCUCCAAAAUUAAAUUGCGACAGCCCUUCGCCAUUGCAAUGCCGACUGCCACUUCUUCAAAUUUUUUCUCGAAAAUUGUCACUGUCGCCAGUCGGAGCUCUUCAAUUCACGGCAGCCCUUGGAAUAUGCAUUUGUGUUCUUCUUGCAUUUAUUCCCAAAAUGCGCAACCUGCCGAUGUUCAUGGCGUUGUUUAUGCUCUAUUCAGCAAUUAAUCAGGGCGGCGAUGUGUUCAUGGGAUAUCAAUGGGACAGUUUAUUGCUCGAAACAACCUCGUACGUGGCCAUUCUCGCGUGGUUCAAAGAUGGCCCGGCAGAUUCGAUUCCACUAUAUGGAUUACUCACACUGGGAAUGAGAUUGAUCUUCUCCAUUGGAGCAACUAAAUAUCAAACAAGCGAGGCAGAUUACUUUGAUUUCAAAGCGUUCAAUCGCCAAUUCGAGACUCAACCUCUACCAAGCACAAUGUCUUUUUUGGCUCACAGCCUUCCAAGCCUAUCAAAGAUGUUCCUGUCGGUUCUCUCACUGUCAUUUGAACUUUUGGCGCCACCAUUUAUGCUCAUUCCACUGCGACCAUUGCGAUGGGGACUCUUCAUGUGCUACCUUAUCGCAUUUGUAUUCAUGGUGAUAUUUGGCAACUACGGUUUCUAUCCAUUCAACGCGAUCGUCCUUCUUAUCCCUCUGUUGGAAGUUCGACCGCAGGAUCCAUUAUUUGAGCUGAUUUCGCUUGGAGCUGUAUCUGUAGGACUGUUUCUGUUUCUUUUCGAUUUCAUUCCGUCGGAUAACAGCGGCAAUUUUGGUGUCUCGCUCAAAUCGCUCAACGGUUUCCUAGAUUUCUACAUUCCGCUUAUUUUAAUGGCUGUUUUCUUGCUGUUUUUGUUCACGGUUAUUACUGCUGUCGUGAGAAUUCUUCAAGACGAUCGCUCAGUCUCAAACUUCUUCCAUCUCUUGUUUUCCACAUUCGCAAUCGGAACAUUUGUGUUUUACGGCAUGAUUCAGUUGUCUCCGCUCAACAAAUCCUUCGAGUUUCAUUUAAGGCCUUAUUCGAACAUUGUGAAAAAUGCGCGUACAAUGCAAGAGUGGAACCUCGCUAACCAAUACGGUCACAAACGCAGGCAUGGAAAAUUCGACGUUCGCUAUGAGAUCAUCAUUGAAGGAACCAAUUCUUUGAACGACACGUGGAAGGAGAUCGAGUUUUACGCAAAACCUGGGAAUAUUUUCCAAUUUCCACCAUUCUUGGCAUUUUAUCACCCACGUUUGGAUUGGCAGAUGUCGUGGGCAGCUCAAGGAACCUAUCAGCAGAAUCCGUUCUUUAUGUCAUUGAUGUAUCAUUUGCUUGAAAACACGCCAGAAGUUGUCAAUCUUCUUUCAAACUACCCAUUUAAGAAUAAGGACAAACAAAUGAAUUUUAUUCGUGCACAUCUUUUUGUUUACAAGUUUUCUACGAAAAAAACAAACUCGGCAGUUUGGUCGAGAACAUACGCAGAAACUUACAUGUCAGAGUUCAACAAAGAGAACACAGCUUUGAUCGCUUAUCUCGAACAAUCCAGAUUGCUUGUCAAAGAAUCUCCAAAGCCGAAGCGUAGAUACCUUGAGAGAUUGAUGUCUCAUUUGCAAAAAUGGGCUAUGUCUUAUGGGCAGCGUGAUUUCUGUUGGAUACUUGUGAUGACAGCGGUCGUCAUCGUUUUUUGGCAGAAUUACUACGACGGAGAAGAAUGA